AUGAAUCAUACCAUAACACGCUACAGACUGGGCGAUGUCGACGGUUCGGCAUUGGUGAGAAGCGGUCGAGAGCUGGAGUUUGCCAAGAUUCUUGAGUACGAUGCUCCUAGAUGUUAUACGCAUUCCAAGCAGAAACGAGUCACCACAGGUGUGACUUGUCUCGAUCUAGACACUGCUACGGGAAGGCUCUUGCUGAGCUGUGGUGACGACGGCUCUGUAUCGCUAUGGGCGCUUGACGAGAGGUUGAGUCGGUCGGAUGGCCGGUUGUACAGCAAAAGGAUAAGCUAUGAGGCUAGAAACCGUGGUUCGGAUCCCGUAUUGAUAUCUCCUGCAAAGAGGAUGAAGACGUCUUCCCAGGAGCCACGGAUGGUGCAUAACUUUGAAACUCGGCAGAACAAGUUCCGAAUGUAUCGUCAAUCGUCGGCUCCGGUCACAGACGCCUUCCAGAGCGCGGCGACUGAGCCCUCUGGCCAGACACAGGCCCACCAUUUUGCUAUCACAUCUGCUAGAUGGUAUGCUGUCGACAAUGGCAUGUUCUUCACCGGUUCUAAUGAUUGUAAAGUGAAGAUCUGGGACACUGAGGCGUUUGAAGCUGUUCAGGAGAUAGAUCUGGGGCACCGAAUAAAUCAGCUCGACACCGAAACGGAUGGGACUUACAUCAUCGCGGCCACCGAAGAUAUUUAUCCGCGAUUACUGGAUCUGCGAACGGUCGUGAGCUCCGGUAUCACUAAUUUAUCGCACGGGAAGAUGAACGGCGAGAUCCUCUGCUGCAAGACCAAUCCAAGCAAGCCGCACAUUGUUAGCACUGGCACCUCUCACGGGAAGGUCCAGUUGUGGGAUCUGAGGAUGGCCAACAGACAACUUCGAGCUCUGAGCCAGCCGGGCUCCGACCUGGCCCAUUCCAAGAGCUGCAACGACAUGUGCUGGGACGAAACGGGCACCACCCUGGCCACCACGGGCACGGAUGGCAGAUGCUACGUGUGGUCUCCACUCAGUCCCAAACUGCCAGCACCGGUCCAAAUCGGGCCGGUAGAUCCGAUGAGAAACAGGUAUCGCAAGAGAACGUCACAACGACUGCUCAGGAUGGACAAAUUCAUAAUACACAACACAGACUACGGAGACAUCCAAAUAUUCGAGACCAAACAGGGUAAACUGUGGAACAAGCUGGACCUCCCAACGUCAUUUUCCAACGUCAAGAGUCCGCCUGCCAAGAAACUUGCAUCUUUUUUCACAGGAAUGGCCAUCCAGCGAAACAUGACAAACUCCACAGGCCUCAGGCUUUAUCUGGGGACCAAUGCUCCCAACACAGACCAGGGAAACGGAUGCAUCUAUGAAUAUCUGCCCUCCAGUAUAUAG